AUGUCAUCAGCCGCAGGCGGAGCGUUUAGAAGAUUUCUUAAUAGUGAAACGGGUCCCAAGACCGUACAUUUCUGGGCCCCCACUUUCAAAUGGGCUUUAGUCUUUGCAGGCAUUAGCGACAUCAAUCGACCCGUUGACAAACUCUCCGGCAUUCAAAACCUGUCGCUUCUCGCCACAGGCGUUAUUUGGACCCGUUGGUCCUUCGUCAUCAAGCCCAAAAACAUGCUGCUUGCAUCCGUGAAUUUCUUCUUGGGAUGCACCGCGGGCUACCAACUCUCACGUAUCUGCAAUUACCGGCUGCAGCAGGGCGACUCCACUCAACAGGUGAUCGACUACGUGAUCAACGGGCCCCGGAAACCCGAUUCCAAGAUUCACAAGCUUCAGAACUCCGCGUCGGGUUCUGUCAACAACAACUCCAUGAGCCACGGCUCUACUGCAUGA